AUUUAGCCAAAAUGAGUGCAUUAAAGCAAUUAGAAGAGUACCGCAGGAAGCAAGCAGAGCGCUUCAAAGAGGAAGAGGAUGAAGAAAGCUAUAUCUCUGAAGAAAUCAAAGAAGUUCAAGAAAUGGCUGAGAAAAUAAACCUUGAAGAACGGAAAUUACAAGAGCAAAAAGAUAUUGAGUACUGCCAACAUUUAGAAAGAAAUAUCAACUUCCGUGAGGGGUAUGGGGAUGAUUUGGAGGAGAACAAAUUUGGUGAGAAUUUUGAUGAUAUUGGUCAUGAAGGGACCCCAGCUCGAGUCCCUACUCAAAACCAGUACAAUUAUAUGGCAGAUAACUCUCUUUCAGGUCAAAGGAAUAAUAGAGAAACUUUUGUCAGGCAAGAACCUCCAAAAUGGCUAGUCCAGCCCAUUCAUAUUGAUCAGAGCAACCAGGUUAAAAUAUUUGACUUUACUGAUGGGAGCAGGAAUCAAGAAAUGAGAAAUACUACAGAUUCUAGUGUUAAUUAUGAGUUUGAGACAAUGCAAGAUCCUAUUUUUGAUAAGCAUACCCCAGAAAACCUUGAAAGCUUACUUCAUGAGAAACAGAAAAAGCGAUUAGAGAAGUUUGAAGAGCAAGAAGAUAUCCGUUUUGAAGAGGCUAAAAGAAAUGGCCAACAAAUUGAUGAAGCCAGGAAUUUUCAAAUAGAGGAAGAACAUGGAGUGAAUUCCCCAUUGUUAGGAGAUAGUCCUUCUGAUAGACAACAAAAUCAACAGAAUAAUCAAAAUAUGGGGCAGAAUAGAGCAAUAAUUCCAGGAAUAUUGAUCAGGCAGCCUAAUGGAGCUUUCAGAGUAUGCUGAUUCCGUGACUUAUCAAGACAAUUUCUGCUGAUGAUUUUGAUUUUCCUUCUUCUUAUUAUUGCUUGUGCUGUCUUUUUCAUAGCCUUUUAAACUAACUAAGACUUUAAAAGAGCUGGUAAGGAUUUGAGUAUUCAUUAUUCAAUUUUUA